AUGCAACUUCACACCCAUAUAAGUCCCAUUCAGACCGCUCUAGUAGAUUCUCAAGAGAUUUCAUCUAAUGAAGAAUUAUCUUCUACUGAUGGUACAAAGAUUAUGAAGUCGAUGACUGCAUUGAUGGGAACACUUCAGAACAAGGAAUUUUCCGAUCUUCUUAAAACCCACAAUGAGAUGGAGCAGACACUGAAGAAGAACACGUACGAGGUUCAUAUCGUCAAUAAGUCAUACACCAAAUUUGAAAAGAACUUCUUCAAACGGAAAACCGAGUUGCUUGUCUACGAAAGAGCAAAUGUCGUUGAUCUCCAUAAUGAAGAUGAAGAAGAUGCUAAAGUUGUUACCGAGAAAGAGAAGAAUCUUAUCACUCAAGGCGAGGACAAUAGCAGAAGAAGAGGUGGUAGUGUUUCAACAGGCACUAGAUCAAAGAGAAAGCCAACUAGUAAUAAUAACGAUAGACUAAUCAAAAGAGGCGGAGGUCGCAGCGGUGAUCGUGGUGGUAGAAGCGGUGGAGGUGAUCGUGGUGGUAGAAGUGGAAUUGGUCGUGGUGGACGUUCUCUUCCUCCUUUUCACAACCUUUUGACUAGUGAAGAACUUAGCUAUGAAGGACAUCGCUACCCAAUCGACCCACUCGUAAAAAGGGAAGAACAAUAA